AUGCCAUCCAAAAGAAGGGUCAGCGCACCCCCAAAUCGCGUCUAUAAAUCCGCCACACCACUCCGCCAAGCUAAGCUCCCUGGUGCGAGGACGCGGGUAGGAUAUGGGAAACAGGCGGGGAGGAGGGUCACGAAGGCGCUGGUGGAUAAUAAGUUGACGCAGAUGGAUUUUGUGGUUUUGACGCAGAGAGGGAGGGAGGUGGAUGAGGAGGAUGACGAUGGGGAUGUGGGUGAGGGAUCCGAGGAAGAAGAGGGAUAUGUGCAGGAGAGGAAGAGAGGUAGCAAGAGGAGGAGGACAAUGGGUGGUAAGUCGGAGCUGGAAGAGAGGGUGAAGAACUAUCAUACACAGACUAUUACACAGUUGGAUUGGAGUUUUAAUUCGGCGAUGGAUGUUGAGGAUGAUGAAACGGUUCAGGGAAAUGCGCUGGAGGAUCUACCAGAAGAUGUGAUGGAUGAAAGUUCGACUGUACAUGACGAUUCCUCGUCCUCGAAAGCCAGAAAGUCGACUAGGAAAUCUAAACUUCCAAAAGCUUCCAGGGUUCACAAGAAGAAACACCCGGUUCCAGUCCCGAAGCAGGAACUUGACACCCAAGGAAGAGAUAUCUAUGACGGGCCUUAUUCUUCGGACAAGAAUGCGAAAACACCAUUAAAAACAUCGCGGAAAAGAGUUUCAACGCCAAUCCAAGAGGUGGACUCUGAGCAGGAAGGAGUGGAUACUACCGAUGACAUAUCUAUGUCACCCAAAUUGGAGAAGACAGUAAAGAAAUUUGGUCCCCGGAAAGGUUCCAGGAGAAAAGCCCCUAUGCCAGUGCAAGAGUUACACUCUGAGGAAGAGGAAAAUGAGGUCUUUGUAACACCGCGCUCUUCGCCUGUUGCCGUCAGUCCUCAGAGGAAUGAUAGGGCCUUGAGAUCAUCUACAAAAAAGACAAGUACUACAGCCGAGGAUAGCAAUAUAGAAGGACGAGAUAUCUCCAACGCGCCGUCAUCAACUAGUAGAAGAAAAAUGACUGAUAACAAAGUCAGAGAGUCCAAACAACGUAGUUCAGCUCCUGUGGUAGCCCCAGAACAGGACCAAGAUAUGUUCGAUGGACCGUUUUCAUCAUCGCCUACCAAAUCAGGCAGUGCACCAAAGAAUGACGAGCAACCUCUGCCUUCGCGACCUGCGAAUGAAGCCUCUACAAAUAGUAUGCUUCCACCCCCGACCCCACAUCGUCCUAUUCGUAAAGAGAUUCCAUCCUCUCAAUCCCCAGCCUUCACGCCACUAUCAGCUACUCGAACACCCUUGCGAGAUCAACCUAUAAACAGCGCCCCAAUCCCUUUUCAUGCAACCAGAACACCAAAAGUAGAUACAUUUGAACCCCCGAGGUUGGAGGUUAAAGAUACAUUUGCUACCUCGACAGAUGCUAGCAAUCUGAGUGAGGCUCCUUCGCCUGUGAAAAAGUCUAGUCCAUCAAAGAGUGUUAGGUUCAUUAUACCUGGCGAGAAGGAAAAUGCCAUGGCGGUCGAGGACGACGAUGAUGAUCCCGAGGAAGAUCUCAUUCCUGAUUCUCCAUCAAAGACGCGGGGAACUGGCUUGCCUCGACCUACACGGGUACCUCACGCAACUCAAAGAGUUGUGAUACAGGACUCGGAUGAGGAUUCGGAUUUGGACGAAGAAGAGACCGUUAUUGCGGAAUCAGGACCUGUCGAGCAGGCCAUCAACGAGGAAACCACUGUCGAGGAUGACCCCGUUACUGAAGAUGGAGUUGUAUUAAAGGUUAGAACUGGGGCUGAGGAUAACAGUGAGACAGCUCAGCCCUUGGAAACGAGUAAACUCCAGCUAGAGCCAGAAACUUGUUAUGGUGAUAUUGGCCUUGAAACACAAGUUGCGGCUAAUCGCUAUCUUGAACAAACACGAAAAAGCCCGGUGCCAGAGAUUGUAGAGAAGGAAAAGGACAACGAAGGAGAAGAAGAGGAGGAAGAUGAUGAAGAACAGAUCCACAGUCCUACCUUCAAGGAGAGAACCCAAGCGAUGGAAAGCCAAAGGCUGUCAACCCAACAAGUGCUUUUAAUGGCUCCCAGAACAACGGAUUCGGAUGCCUUUAUCUCUGCCUCUCAUUUAGAAGUCGCGGAAAUUUUGGACAGAACAAGAGACUAUCUGUUUCGAGCGUGGGUACUGCCAUCAUCAGUAUGCAGGAUAUGGAUAUAUGAAACUCAACCAACAUCAACACUCAAAUACAUGGCCGAGCUAGGUCCCACAAAGAAGCCCGGAGAGGACCUUAUGAGUGAGACUGGAAAAGGAAAUGCUACUUUCCAUAAAAAGAGCAACAAAUGGCGUGCGUAUGCGAUAUCUGAACUAUACGAACUAGCGGAUCCCAUGUCGCUAGCUCAGCUGAGAUCUAAUGAGUGGCUCGGAAGGGCUCCAACGAAAUUUACAAAGGUUCCCCCAGCUGUGCUCCAUCAAAUGAUGGCGAAUCUUUUACCUCCACUGUGGUCUGCUGCUGAGAUUGGAGACGAAGAUCUGGAUGUAGACUUGGACGAAGAUCUGGGCGCUGGAGUUCCAUCGCCAGCAGUAUCAAGGACAGAUACAGAGGAAGCUGCUUCACAGUUGCAUCACACUAUCAGGCAAUUCACGCAACCAGCAUUGGUCCCUAGCUCAACCUCUUCAUAUCCAUCAAGUCCACCUAUAAAGAUCGAGUCACAAUACACGGGACUCGAGAUCAUCGAAAACUCGCAACGUGAAGAGACACCCAUCAGGAAACGAUAUGCUGGGGACUCACAUUCCAUGGAUAUAGACCUAGAUGCCGAAGUAGAAGAACGCAUUCCUUCAAGUCAGAAAGACACUCCUCGUGUUAGUCCACCUGGUCCGUCACAAGCAACCACUGUGGAUCUCACACAAACCCAAACCCCUCGACACCGAUCUGGCAGCGAAGUCAUAUUUGAAUCUCCCAUCCGUCCUGUCGCGCCAAGUUCGCCAAUCAGACUUCCUACCCCCAAAGCGUCUGAUGGUGUGCAGCCGCUUGAAUCGCUUGUUCCUUAUUCGAUGGGCUCGUCGGAGAUUAUGACGAAGAGUCAGAUGUUGCCGGAGAGCUUGAUGGCUGAGAGUCUUUGGGAGAGGCCGCCUGUUAUUAUGGAUUCUGAUGAGGAUUAUGAUGAUUGA